AUGAGUGAUAGAAUGCUGAAAGAAUCUCUUCAUGAUUCCUCAAGCGAGAAGCUUGCGAAUACUAAUGUGGACGAAUAUGAUACUAGAACUGCUGAAGAGCAAGUUGCUGAGGCUGCUGAAAAAUACGGUGUCAACCAUAAGAAAUUGAUGUGGAAAAUCGACUUGUGUGUCGUUCCUCCAUUUUGCUUACUCUACUUCCUUUCCUUCUUGGACAGAGUGAAUAUUUCCAAUGCCAACGUUUAUGGACUUUCUACGGAUUUGAACUUGGUGGGGAACCAGUAUAACACUUGUUUGACAUUAUUUUUCGUUCCUUACGUGUUUUUCGAAGUUUUCUCCAACUAUGCCUUAAAAUUCAUCCCUCCACAUAGGUGGCUUUCUGGGUGUAUCAUGGCCUUCGGAGCUGUGAGUAUUGGUAUGGGGUUUGUGAAGAAUUUUGGUGGGUUAGCCGCUUGUCGUUUUCUCUUGGGUGUUUUCGAAAGUGGUUCGUUCCCAGCGCUUUUCUAUAUCUUAGCUAACUUCUACGAGAAGGGAGAAGCGCAAAGAAGAUUCUCCGGAUUUUUCUCUGUCACUGCUUUGGCUGGUGCAGCAGGUGGUGCUAUUGCUUACAGAAUGAACGAUUUGGAUGGUAAGCACGGUUUGGAAUCUUGGAGAUGGAUUUUCAUUAUCGAUGGUAUCGUCACUUGUGCUGGUGCUAUCUUACUUUAUUUCACCAUUGCUGAUUUCCCAGAACAAGCUAAAUUCUUGAAUGACAAUGAAAGAAAGUUCCUUAAAGAGAAGUUGGCCAUUCACUCAGGAACUGAGUCUGGAUUCGAAAUCAAAGAUACUCCAAAAGACGUUUUGGGAUGUUUUAAGGAUUACUUGAUUUGGUUACCAGCUUUAGCUUACUUCGGGUUAAUUAUUCCAUCAUACGGUUACGCAUACUUCGCUGCUACCAUCAUCAAGCAAAUGGGUUACACUGCAGUGUCUGCUCAACAGCAUUCAGUCUAUCCAUGGUUAGCAGCUUUUGGUUUAAUCAACACCACAUCCUUUAUCAGUGAUAGAUUUAAGAUAAGAUUACCAUUCGCCAUUGGUUCAUCUUUAUUAGCCAUUGCUGGAUUGGCAAUGGUGUACGCUUCUACUGAUCCUCACACAAGGUACGCAGGAUGUUUCCUUACCGCAUCUGGUUUAUAUUCAGCUAUGCCCUUAUUGGUCUGCUGGUCAUCAUUGAACUUCGGUGGCCAUUUAAGAAAGGGUGUGGGUACUGCAUGGCAAAUUGGUUUUGGUAACAUUGGUGGUAUCAUUGCAACUUUUGUUUUCCUCGCCAAAGACGCUCCAAAGUAUGGUCCAGGUUUAAUUGUUGGUAUCUCAUUUGUAUGUUUCUCCAUUUUAAUGAUGUUACUUUACUUUUUCUCCGUUUAUAGAUUAAAUGGGGCAAAGAAGACUGAAGCCUACCAGACCAAGUUCGCUGCAUUGUCGGACAGGCAAAGGGUGCAAUUGGGUGACAGAAAUCCAACCUUCACUUAUUUGUACUAA